CGGGUAGUUUUAUUAUCACUAUUUCCAGCCCGAUUGCUAAACCCACCACCGCGCGGCGGCGCCGUCAACCCGCACGCGGCGGCGCUCUUCAUACAACGAAGAUGAAGUCGGCAUUAAAAGCUUCCAUAUAUUUGCUAUCUGCUAAUAAAUUUUGGGUAAAUACAAGCAGCAAGGUUUCAUCGCGAUCGAUUAUAUCCACCUUCGACCUUCUCCGCGGCCAAUUUGACUGCAGCUUCCAUGCACGAGGAUUUCAGAGCUCGAAUAGGGCUGUUCACUCUUCUGCUCAUGAGGAUGAUGAUUUCUCAGAGUUGGAUUCGGGAGUAUCAGAAUGCCUUCCAAAUAAAAUUGAAUCAGUUAUCGAGAAAGUUGAUGAUUUUUUGGGUGAUGAUGUUUCCUUAGAAGUGAAUCCAAGAGUAUCAGAUUGGCCUGACCAGGAAAUUAAUUUGGUUACAGAAAAAUCUGAUGCAUUUUUGGUAGGUUCGCAGGAUGAUGAUGCCUUCUCAGAACUGGGACCAGGAACAUCAGAUGUCUCCGCUAAGAAACUGAAUUUGGUUACUGAAAAACGCGAUCAUUUUACGAGAACAAAUUCCCAUAAAAAGGCCCAGUCUUCAGGUCACAAGGAUUUGAUGAAAGCCAUUGCCAGAUCUUUUGCUACUCCAGCUAAGGCUCGUGUCCCUUCUCAUGCAAGGAUGCCUACUGAUAACAAGGAGCCGGGUAGCAAGUCCAUAUCUUCAGAUUACAGGCCAAACGGGGAGGAGGGAGUUGGAGCAGUUGCCAAAUCUUCUACAACUUCAUCUACUGAGUCUCAUGCCCCUCAUAAUGCGCCAAGAUCUACUGAUGGCAAUAGAAAUAUAUCUGGAACAAAAUAUCCACUCUCUGUCUCCAUUAUGAACAUACCUUCUGAAGUUGGUCUCUCCAAGCUCGUAGAAGCUAUUUCAGUAUUCGGAAAGGUUUCUGGUGCUUCUUUUGUGACUACAUCUGAAAAUUUUAAGUGUUGUAACAUUGAUUUUGAGGAUGCAGACCAAUGCAAGAGAGCAGUUUCGGCUGGUAAAGUUGAAGUGGGAAGUCACAUAUUUCUAGUUAGUCCUCUUGAUGCUGUAGAUCUAGUUGCAGUGAGGAUCAAGAACAUAAACCUAUGGACUACUGAUUAUGCAGUACACUCCAUAUGCAAGGCAGCUGGCGAAUUAGUGGGAUUGACUAGGACAAACAGGACCUGUGUGGAUGCCUUCUUCAAUGUCCGGAAUCACACUUGCCAUCUGGACAUAAUUAAAAAGUUGAAUAAUACAGUAUGUGAAAGCAACCACUGGUCUGCUUGCGAGCUCCCAAGCAUAUCUAACGCAUCUCAAGCUGGAUACAAUUUGCAUUCCCAGAUUGCUGAUCAUUGUGCCAAGCUGAGCACAGAACUUUCCAUGAAAAGAAUAUAUCUGCAGGAUCUAGAGAGCUUAAACAAGAGUGUAAUGCACCUAAAAGACAUAUCAUCUCCCUUGAAUCACUCAGGUUAGAGAUGAGACUACAUCUGUUUCUUUGUAGACGUAAAAAUUACUCUACCAUUAUUUAUGAUGAUAAUGAAACCUUCUCUGUUCCAGAA